AUGAUAAGUAAGCUAAGCAUGCUCAUUAUUUUACAAAAAAUAGCUCCUAAUAAUUUCAUAUUGCUAACUCCCCCCCUCCGUGAGCGAACAAAAAUGUUUUUUUUCGCUCACUGAUUAGAGUUUAUAUAUAAAUUUUAUGGCAAAUUUUUUUAAAAAGAAGUAAAAUUUUAUGUUUAUUUAAAAUUAACAGAAUUAGCUAGAGAUUUCAUUAUAAUAACUAUCACUUAUAUAUCAAAUUAUUUUUUUCUUAAAAAUUUUAAUUAAAAAAAAUUUUUAUUCGUGGGCAAAAAACAGGGAUUUUUCCAAAUGUUUUGUUCGCUCACAGAGAGGGUAAGAUAUAUUAUGGGAGCCAAUAAUUCAGCAACAUCAAAAGGAAGCAACAAUAGCUCAGCAGAUGUAAAUAUAUUUAAUCGUCCUCUCGCAAAAUUCCAAUCCGAUAUCAUAGAAAAAUCCAAAACGAAAAUAUUAUAUUUAACUUAAAUUCUCUACCGAUAUACUUGAGUUAAAUUUUUAUUUUUCAAAUAAAAUCUUUAUUAAUUAGUAUAAAUCUAAGUCCAGCUGAAUUGCUCUUCUAUAGUUAUUCAUAGCAUAAUCAGGGCGUUUUUAGUUAGAAAAAAAAUCCAACCUUACUUAAUCAAGAUUAGAGCACGAAGAAAUAGAUUCCAGCAAAUUAUCCUUCAAUCCCAAGUCAGAGGUUUUUUAACUAGAAAAAUAACUACUCCAGGAUUGAUGAAAAUGAAAAGAAGGAAUAAAUAUACACAAGCUAUUAUCCAGUCACAAGUGCGAGGCUAUUUAAAGAGAAAAGAAAUUUUAAGGAAAAUUAGGAGAUUAAGGAAGAAAAAAUUUAAAGCAUUAGGAUUCAGCUUACAAGGAAUAGCAAAAAGUUAUUUAAUUCGCAAAAAAAAUAAUCAAGCAAUAAUGUGCUUAGCAAAUGAGAAAUUUAGGUUUUCUUUAGAUAUAAUAAAAGCAAUUUGCAAAGCUCACUUGUUUAGAGAGUCCAUAGAAGAAGCUAUAUAUAUAUUUAGAGAAAAAAAGCACAAUGCAAUUGGAAUUAGCUUGCAAAUACUGGGAAGAGGAUUUUUAAUAAGGAAAAAAGAAAAAAGGCAUCUGCGAAAGAUCACUAAAAAGAAGCUUUUUCAUACAUUAGCUGUCAUAAAAUCUACUUGCAAAGCGCACUUAAUAAGAAAAUUUUUAGAGCCUUAUAUCCACCAACUCAAAAAUAAAAAAAAUAAUGACCUUGGAAUCAUGCUUCAAUCAUUAGCAAAAGGAUUUUUAAUAAGAAAAAAUACCAAAGCUCCGAUUCAGCAAUUAAUUGAAGACAAACAAAUUCAUCCAAGACCAUCCUAUGAUUUUUAUAAAGGAAAAAUCAAGGAUCUAAAAUCAAAAAAAAUCAAAGAAAUUGAAAAAAAGAUAGGGAGACAUAAAAAACUAGAAUAUUGUGGAAAGAUUAAAGUUAAUUUCAGAAAAGCUUUGGCUCUAGAUGAUUCUGUAUAUGAAGGACUUUGGGAUCCCAUAACCAACCAAAAGCAUGGAAUGGGCAAAGAAUUUUUCAAAAAUGGCACAUUUUAUUAUGGAUCAUAUAAGCAUGGGCUAUAUAAUGGAGAAGGAAGAAUAAUCUAUAAUAAUGGAGAUUAUUAUGAAGGAAAAUUUAAACGGGGAUUAUAUAAUGGCUAUGGAAUUCUAACGAAAAUUAAUGGAAGUGUUUAUACUGGGGAAUUUAAAGAUGGGAUAAAAAAUGGCAAAGGCAAUGAAAUAAUGCCAGAUGGUACAAGCUAUGAUGCUACUUAUGAAAAUGGUAUAAGAAAUGGUCCAGGCUCUUAUAAAUCCUAUGAUGGAAAAUCAUAUCAAGGGGAUUUUCUAAACGAUUUAUUUCACGGUAAAGGAACAUUUAUAUGGCCAGAUGGGAAAGAGUAUAGAGGAGAUUGGCGUAAAGGAAAAAUGCACGGAAAAGGAGAAUUUAUAUGAAGUGACGGAAGAAAAUAUGUAGGAGACUAUUUUAAUGAUAAAAAACAUGGCCUAGGUAUUUUUGAUUGGCCUGAUGGCAAGAAAUAUGAUGGAGAAUGAGUUAAUGGCUUACAGCAUGGAAAUGGAUAUUAUACCUUUUGGGAUCCCAAAAGAAAUAUUUUCAAAACUCUUCAAGGUACUUGGGAAGAAGGAAAGCGAAUUUCGUGGGCAGACUCUGCCAAUACCAAUAAUUAA